AUGGCUGCGGAGAAGUCCCAGCAAUAUGGUGGCGUGAUGCGUCGCAAUCGAGACAAGCAGCCGUACCUGCUUAAGUACCGUUCAUCCAAGCUGUUUAUUCUGUCAACAAUAUGCAUGGCUGUGUUCACGGAUAUAUUUUUAUAUGGAAUUAUUGUUCCCGUGAUACCCUUCGCGCUGUCUGAGAGGGCUAGCGUAGCUGAAAAAGACAUACAAAAAUGGGUUUCUGUACUACUUGCAGUGUAUGGCGCUGCACUGUUGGCAUUUUCUCCGAUAUCCGGCUGGUUCGCGGAUCAAUCUUCAUCUCGUCGUUGGCCUCUUGUCCUGGGUCUAAUCGCACUAGGUGGUGCAACCGUGAUGCUCUGCGUUGGAAACAGCAUCGCACUCUUGCUGGUCGGGCGUGCGCUGCAAGGUAUCUCAGCCGCAGUCGUCUGGACCGUUGGUCUUGCCCUUUUGGUUGAUACCGUCGGCCAAAAAGGAAUUGGCCAGGCUAUGGGCUAUGUGACUGUUUCGAUGAGUGUUGGCAUCUUGAUUGCUCCAUUACUCGGUGGAGUGGUGUAUGCGCAUGGUGGAUACUACUCCGUUUUUGCCAUGGCAUUUGCGCUGAUCGGAGUUGACAUUUUCCUGAGACUGGUGAUGAUAGAGAAAAAGGUUGCAGCUAAGUGGUCUAUCACCAAUCAAGGCGGAAGCUACGGAACCUGCGCAGAUACGCAGGAUGCCGAGAAUGCUGGAGGCUCAGCUCAGGAUUCGGAAGGAUCUUCGCAACAAGCCUCCGGCCAGGCUGGAAAGAACUCGCAUAAUGCAUCCAACGUGAGAUCGUCAGCCGUUGAAGGAUCAGCGCCGUCCUUGCGUGAGACAACUCGAUCGGCGAAGAAAUGGAAGCUCCCUCCUAUCGUCACGCUGCUGAAAUCGCGUCGAUUGCUGUCUGCGUUAUUCGGUUGUCUUGUCCAAGCCGCACUCAUGACAAGUUUCGACAGUGUACUUCCGCUUUAUGUUCAUAGGAUUUUCCACUGGGGUGCGACGGCGGCAGGACUGAUUUUUCUUCCCGCGGUCUUGCCUUCCUUCGUUUCUCCGGUUGUCGGUUUCCUCUCUGAUAAAUACGGGCCUAGGUGGCUGGCGACGAUAGGAUUCAUCCUUGCUCUUCCAUUUUGGGUUCUCCUCCGCUUGGUGGAUCAUGAUUCGACGGGACAAAAAGUUCUUCUCUGCGCUCUUCUCGCAUUCAUUGGUUUCAGUUUGACUCUUGCGAUGCCGCCUUUGAUGGCCGAGAUUACUUAUGUGGUUGAGGCGAAAGAAAAGAAAUAUCCAGGCCGUUUCGGCCCGACAGGGGCAUAUGCUCAAGCAUAUGGAUUGUUCAAUACGGCAUUUGCAGGAGGAACAUUGAUUGGCCCUGUCUGGUCGGGAUUUAUCGAAGAACGGGCCGGAUGGAAGACAAUGUCAUGGACCUUGGGCCUGUUGAGUGGAGUCAUGGCCGUCCCCAUUGUCAUUUGGACUGGAGGAUCCAUCUUCAAAAAAGAGACUGCAGAACCCGAACCCCGGCAGGAAGAAAUUACGGCAUUGGAUCCGGGGUCUGCCUAA